AAAUUUUCAACGGUACUGAAUGAAGUCCCGCGGCGGAUCUUCCGGGCGCUCGGUUGUCAGAGCUGAGGCGAGAACGUGAUCUGUUGAAAAAAGUGACACGAGUAUUGGGAAAAACCUGCUCUUCUGUGCCAAGGCAGGGGACGAUGUCACAAAUUAAAACUUCCUAUUCCUAUGAUGCACCCACGGACUUCAUCAAUUUUACCUCUUUGGAUGAUGAGGAAGAUACCCAAAACAUAGAUUCUUGGUUUGAAGAGAAGGCCAAUUUGGAGAAUAAGUUUCCUGGGAAGAAUGGCAUAGCAGGGCUUUUUCAGGGCAAAACUCCUCUGAGGAAGCCGAAUCCUCAGCAAGCUAUUGUCACACCUUUGAGACCAGUUGACAACACUUAUUACAAAGAGGCAGAAAAAGAAAAUCUGGUGGAACAGUCCAUUCCAUCAAAUGCUUGUUCUUCCCUGGAAGUCAAGGGAACCACCUCAAAAAAUACUCCAGUGCAGCCUCAGAGAAGAUCUACUAGACUCUCUGCUCAGAAAGAUUUGGAACAGAAAGAAAAACAUCAUGUAAAAAUGAAAGCCAAGAGAUGUGCUACUCCUGUAAUCAUCAAUGAAAUUCCACCCUCCAAAAAAAUGAAAGUUUCUAACAAUAAAAAGAAGCCAGAGGAAGAGGAAGAAGGCAGUGCUCAUCAAGAUACUUCGGAAAAAUAUGAGUCUUCCCCAGAGAAAGCCAAGGGCAGACAUACUGUGUCUUGUGUACAGCCUGUGAGGCAGAAGAUUCUCAAAAGUACUGAGGAGCAAGAGUUGGAGAAGAGAAUGAAAAUGCAACAGGAGGUGGUGGAGAUGCGGAAAAAGAAUGAAGAAUUCAAGAAACUUGCUCUUGCUGGAAUAGGGCAACCGGUGAAGAAAUCAGUGAGCCAGGUAACCAAAUCAGUUGACUUCCACUUCCGCACAGAUGAGCGAAUCAAACAACAUCCUAAGAAUCAGGAGGAAUAUAAGGAAGUGAACUUUACAUCUGAACUGCGAAAGCAUCCUCCAUCUCCUGCCCGAGUGACUAAGGGAUGCACCAUUAUUAAGCCUUUCAACCUGUCCCAAGGAAAGAAAAGAACAUUUGAUGAAACAGCUUCUACGUACGUGCCCCUUGCACAGCAGGUGGAAGCCUUUCAUAAACGAACCCCUAACAGAUAUCACUUGAGGAGCAAGAAGGAUGAUACUCUGUUACCCUCCAAAUCUGCUGUGGUCAAGAUAUCCAGAGACCCACAGACUCCUGUGUUGCAAACCAAACAGCGCACAAGGCCUGUGACCUGCAAAAGUGCAGCGGAUCAGGAGGCAGAGGAGCUCGAGAAACUGCAACAAUACAAAUUCAAAGCACGGGAACUUGAUCCCAGAAUUCUUGAAGGUGGGCCCAUCUUGCCCAAGAAACCACCUGUGAAGCCACCCACUCAGCCUAUUGGCUUUGAUUUGGAAAUUGAGAAGAGAAUCCAGGAGCGGGAGUCAAAGAAGAAAUCAGAGGAUGAACACUUUGAAUUUCAUUCCAGACCUUGCCCUACUAAAAUCUUGGAAGAUGUUGUGAAUGUGAGCUCCCUGAAAGCAGGGACUGUGUACAUCUGUCUUAGUCACUUUUAUAUCCCCUGCACCUAA